GCUGGCGACGUGAGCGCCCGGACGUGGGCGGCCGCCGCGCUGGACCAAAGUCAGAGUUCUCCUUCCCCGUCCAGCACAAGGAAUCCGGCCAUCCAACCGACCUGCCUCCAUCCAUCCAAUUUGUCACGUGAAGAUGGGAUCAUCAUCUCCUCGAUCGGCCUUCCACCCACCUUCCAAUCCAUGCUGUUAUAAUUAUAAAUGCGUCACCCAGUGAAGCUCCUGCUUCCUUCCAUCGGCUCGUGCGGCUCACUCGGUCUCACUCUUCACCACUCUGCUAUUUCUUUCCGGCUAACACAAGCGACGCCGUGCGGUGGAUGGAGGGCGUCGAGGAGAUCGUCAUCGCCGGCGCCGGGCUCGCCGGACUCGCCACGGCCCUGGGGUUGCACAGGAAAGGGGUUCGGAGCGUGGUGCUGGAGUCGUCGGCGACGCUGCGGGCGUCGGGGUACGCGUUCAACACAUGGACCAACGCCUUCCGCGCGCUCGAUGCCCUCGGCGUCGGGGACAAGAUCAGGGAGCACCACCUGCUCUACGAGAGGCUGGUGGCCUUCUCUGCAUCCACAGGCGAGGCUGCCGCGGAAGUGAGCCUAAAGAUGCAGGGCAAAAGCGGUCCUCACGAAAUUCGUUGCGUGAAGCGCAACUUCCUGCUGGAGACGCUGGAGAACGAGCUGCCGGAGGGCACCAUCAGGUACUCCUCAAAGAUCGUCGCCAUCGAGGAAGAAGGCAGCGUCAAGCUCCUGCACAUGGCCGACGGCUCCACCAUGAGAGCCAACGUUCUUGUGGGGUGUGACGGAGUGAACUCGGUGGUGGCCAAGUGGCUGGGCCUGCCCAAGCCGAUCCUCUCCGGGCGGUCCGCCACCAGGGGCAUGGCCGAGUACCCGGACGGCCACGGCUUCCGUCCCGAGAUCCUGCAGUUCAUCGGGCAGGGCUUCCGCUCCGGCGUGCUCCCAUGCUCCGACACCUCCGUGUACUGGAACUACACCUGGUACCCGUCCCCGGCCGACGGGGACGCGGAGGAGAGCGUGGCCAAGAUGCGGCAGCACGUGCUGGCCAAGCUGAAGGCCGCCAAGAUCCCGGCGGAGGCGUUGGACGUGAUCGAGCGGAGCGAGAUGAGCGAGGUGGUGUCGUCGCCGCUGCGGUUCCGGUCCCCGCUGUCGCUGGUCCGGGGCAGCAUCUGCAGGGGCGGCGUGUGCGUGGCCGGCGACGCGUUCCACCCGAUGACGCCGGAGCUCGGCCAGGGCGGCUGCGCGGCGCUCGAGGAUGGCGUCGUCCUCGCCCGGUGCCUCGGCGUGGCCUUCGCCGCCGGCGGGCACGGGAGCGCCGAGGCCGCCCUGGCGAAGUACGCCGAGGAGCGGAGGUGGCGCGCCAUCCGGCUGGUCACGGCCGCGUACGUCGUCGGCUUCGUGCAGCAGAGCAGCAACCCGGCGAUCAAGUUCCUCAGAGAGAAGUUCCUGUCGGGGUUGCUAGCCAGAGUGAUGGUCGACAUGGCCGACUACGACUGCGGGAAGCUCUAGUACUGCCACGGUAGAACGAGAACGACGAAAGAACACGAAUUACCACUUAAAACGCCAUCAAUCAAAUCGAUUUGAUGCAUGUAUUCGAGGUAAAUAAAGAAACAGGUCUGCUAUCAGAUCCAGAUGUGAAAUAAUUAUCUUACAACUGAACUCUAUCAUCAUAGGAUGAAAGCUCUUUAAGAUUUGUUUCCUUUUCUCA